AUGACUGCCGCUGCCGCGGCGCCAUCGACUGCAUCGACGAGCGCCCACAGCUCGAGCGCGGUGAUUGGCGGUGCCGUCGUAGGUCUUGUCGCGGUUGUUGCCGUCGUGGCACUGUGCGCCCACCGAGACAAGUCGCUGACGCAGCGCAGCAAGACGCGGUCGCUGUCGUGCGAUGCGUACCCGGUCCUCGAGACGCCGCACCUGCGGCGGUAUCCAGGCACGAUCGCUGUCGAGUCCAAUAACUCGCUCGGGCCCAACGCGCGCUCGAUCCGGACGAGCUGGGGCCCGAGCCUCAGCGACGACAGCAACUUGUACGUCAAGCCGAUCCGCAUGUUCCGCCUCGAACUCGCCGACCUCCACGUCACGAGCACCAAGCCGCUGGCGUCAGGCACGUACGGCGAGAUUUGGUUUGGCCGCUACGACCGCGAACCUGUCGCGAUCAAGCGCCUCAAAAACAAAACCCCCGAGCGCGUCCAGACCUUUGUCGACGAGAUGCUACUCAUGUCCCGGAUGAACUCGCCGUAUAUCGUUCAGUUUAUCGGCGUGAGCUGGGAGCUCCCGAUCGAUAUGGAGUGCGUCGUCGAGUACAUGGACAUGGGCGACCUGCGCACGUACCUCACUGCUGUCACACGCAUGACGUUUACGUGGCGGGCCAAGCAAGCGUCCAUGGCAGGUAUUGCCCGCGGCCUCGACUACCUCCACUCGCUCGAGACGCCCGUAAUGCACCGCGAUCUCAAGUCCCGCAACGUCCUGCUCGACUCGAGGAAAGGCACGAAGCUCACCGACUUUGGCGAUCUUCGCGAGUCGACGGCGACGAGCAGCGGGGCGUUCGAGUGGACCGCGCCCGAGGUGCUUCGCGGCCAGGCGCACUCGCCCGCAUCCGACGUCUACGCGUUUGGGGUGAUUCUCUCGGAGCUGUCGACGCACAAGGUGCCGUACUAUGAAUCCAAGACCCACAGCAACUCGGUUGCGCUACUGCACCAGGUGAUGCAAGGGAAGGCUCGACCGCUCUUUGACAAGUCGCACACGCCCGCGUGGGUCCUGGAGCUUGCGAUGCAGUGUCUGGCGAUGGACCCUGCGCGACGACCGACGGCCGCGGCGCUAGUAGCCCACUUGGAUCGCGUCCGUUAAAUGUUUACAUGCUCUUGUUAUUGUACAAUAGUGGUACAAUUGUCGAUAUUUGUCGG